AUGACAUGUAAGUCAUUUAGACAAUGUGGAAUUCAAAGAGGUUUGUGCUUAUUCACACAGGCAAGAAACCUUAUAUCUGUGAGAUAUGUAACAAGUCAUGUAGAUGAAAGUUUGGUUCAAUCCACCAUAGGCUUACAUAAGAGUAAAACCUUUUGGUUGAAGAAGCUAACAAGUCAUUUAAACAAGCAUAUGCUUAUGCACACAGGAGUGAAACCUCACACAUAUGAGGAGUGUAGCAGAUCAUCCAAACAGAAAUGGGAUUUAAAUGAACAUAUGCUUAGUCAUACAGGGAAGAAACCUUAUGUGUGUGAAAUGUGUACUAAAUCAUUCAGUCAAAAGUAUCAUUUAAACAAGCACAUGCUUAUUCACACAGAAAAUAAACCUCGUGUAUGUGAGAUAUGUAACAAGUCAUUUCGACAAAAAUAUUUUACCAAACAUAUGCUUAAUCAUACUGGAGAGAAGCCAUUUAUGUGUGUAGUAUGUAACAAAUCAUUCAGAAUAAAGUGUGUUUUGAAUCAGCAUAUUAUUCACACAGGAGAAAGACCACAUGUGUGUGAGGAGAGAAACCUCGUGUGUGUGAUAUAUGUAAGAAGUCAUUCAGAUUUAAGGAAGCAUAUAUUUAUUCACACAGGAGAGAAACCUCAUGUGUGUGAGUUAUGUAACAAAUCAUUCAGACAAAUGUUUGAUUUAAACAAUCAUAGGCUUCUUCACACAGGAGAGAAACCUUUUACAUGUGAAGUAUGUAACAAUUCAUUUAGAACAAAGCGGGGUUUAAAUGAGCAUAUUCUAAUUCACGCUGUAGAGAAACCUCACAUGUGUGAGGAGUGUAACAAAUCAUUCAGACAAAAGUAUGAUUUAAAUGAGCGUAUGCAUAUUCAAACAGGGGAGAAUCCGUAUGUGUGUGAAAUAAGUAACAAAUCAUUCAUUCAGAAGCACCAUUUGUACAACCAUAUGCUUAUGCACAGAGAAUGUAAGCCUUAUGUAUGUGAGCCAGUUGCUUGGAAGACAAGUACAAUGAAUGGCAAUGACGACUUACACACGGACGAUAGUGGCUCCGUAGUCACAGCUACUCCUUGGGAAAGUUGUGUUGGAUUACUCUUACCAAAUGAAGGAUUACGUAUGCAUAAUGAUAAUGGUAAAAUGGAUUAUUUACAAGAAAAACUUAGGGAAUUGGAUUUAUAA